AUGCAUUAUUUUGGAGUAUUAGCUGCACUGUCUGUUUUCAAUAUCAUUGCCUGUUUGACACGAGGCAAGCCUUUGGAAGACUGGAACAAGUUAUCAGCUAUGGGAAAGUCUAAUGCACACUUUCAUGAUCCUGGGGAAGUGGAAGAUGAAACUCAUUUCAACUUUAAAUCUUUCCUGGAGAAUAUGAAGACAGAUUUACUAAGGAGUUUGAACUUGUCAAGAGUUCCCUCACAAGUGAAGACCAAAGAAGAACCUCCACAGUUCAUGAUCGAUUUAUACAACAGAUAUGCUGCAGACAAGUCCUCCAUCCCUGCAUCCAAUAUUGUAAGGAGCUUCAGUACUGAAGAUGUUGUUUCUUUAGCUUCACCAGAAGAAAAUCCAUUUCAGAAACACAUCUUGCUCUUCAACAUCUCUAUUCCACGACAUGAGGAAAUCACCAGAGCUGAACUGAGAAUUUAUAUCUCCUGUCACAGGGAAGUUGGGCCUUUCUCUAGGCUGGAAGGCAACAUGGUCAUUUAUGAUGUUCUAGACAGUGAUCACUGGGAAAACCUAGAAAGUACCAAAGCUUUCCUUGUCUCCCACAAUAUCCAGGAGUGUGGUUGGGAGAUAUUUGAAGUGUCCAGUGCUGUGAAAAGAUGGGUCAGGGCAGACAAAUUGAAGACUAAAAACAAACUAGAGGUUGUUAUAGAGAAUAAGGCUUUGGGUGGUUUCACUUGUGGGAAGCUGGAUAUCAGUGUUACCCCUGAUUCUAAAAAUCUGCCCCUGUUGAUAGUGUUCUCCAAUGACCGCAGCAAUGGGACAAAAGAAACCAAAGUGGAGCUCCGGGAAAUGAUUGUUCAUGAACAAGAAAGUGUGCUAAAGAAAUUAGGAAAGAACAACACUUCAUCUGAGGAGGAAGAAGAGAGAGAGGAAAAGGCCAUCGCUGGGCCCCAUCAGCGUUCCUCCAGAAGCAAGAGAAGCAUCGGAGCCAACCACUGCCGGAGAACUUCCCUCCAUGUGAACUUUGAAGAGAUUGGCUGGGAUUCCUGGAUCAUUGCACCGAAAGAUUAUGAGGCUUUUGAGUGUAAAGGAGGUUGCUUCUUCCCUCUGACAGAUAACGUUACCCCAACAAAACAUGCUAUUGUGCAAACUCUAGUACAUCUCCAAAACCCAAAGAAAGCUUCCAAGGCUUGUUGUGUUCCAACCAAGUUGGAUUCAAUCUCUAUUCUCUAUAAGGAUGAUGCCGGUGUGCCCACUUUGAUAUAUAACUACGAAGGGAUGAAAGUUGCAGAAUGUGGUUGCAGGUAG